AUGUUCGCGUACGGCGCUGUCACCGAGGGGAGUUCGGAGAGUGAAAUAUUAAAUGCAAGAACGGAAAUUUUAAGGCCUGAAUUCGAAUUGAUAAGCACACAUAGUAAAAACAAUUUAUUAGAUCCAUGCGAAAAAGUCAAAGAAGAAAAAGAAUUAAAUAGGUUUGCUAAUAUUAGUUUGAAUGGACCUCCAUUUUUGCAUUGCGACGAAAAGGCAAGCAUUUUGGAGGAGGUUAGCAUUAACGUGAUCCGUGACAUGGAUGCCUACGGUGUCUGUGUCGUGGAUCACUUUUUAGGUCCCGAAUUGGGUAAAAAAGUCUUAGACGAAGUUAUUAAUAUGUACAGUAGAGGUGUAUUCAAAGAUGGACAGACUGUAAGUGCUAGAGCUAAAAGUGAUUUGAAAACAAUUAGAGGAGAUCAGAUCACGUGGUUGGAUGGUACAGAAUCUCACUGUAAAAGUAUCGGAUGUUUAAUUAGUAAAGUUGACACCGUUGUGAAACAGGCAAACAAGAUGUCGAAUAAUGGUAAAAUGGGAGACUACAUAAUAAAUGGUAGAACAAAAGCCAUGGUCGCUUGCUAUCCAGCUCAAGGAAGUCAUUAUGUUAAACAUGUCGAUAAUCCAAAUCAUGAUGGUAGAUGUAUAACUGCAAUUUAUUAUUUAAACACAGACUGGGAUGUAAAAAGAGACGGUGGAUUAUUGAGAAUAUUUCCAGAAGGUUGGCAAGAUCAAGUAGCUAAUAUAGAACCUUUAUUCGAUCGAAUAUUAUUCUUUUGGUCGGAUAGGAGAAAUCCACACGAAGUUCAUCCGUCAUACAGGACUAGAUAUGCAAUUACGUUAUGGUAUUUCGACGCCAACGAAAGAGAAGAAGCCACUCGUAAACAUCAACAACAGCAACAGCAGCAGCAACAACAACAACAACAACAGCAGCAAAUUCUACAGAAUCAACAACAAUUACAGCAACUGCAACAGCAGCACCAGCAACAGCAACAAUAUCAUCUUAAUCAACAAUCCCAGUAUCAUCCUCAAUCUCAUCAUCAUCAUCAUCAUCCUCAUCACCAACACCACCAGCCCCCCAACCACCACCACCCCCAUCAUCAUCAUCACUCGAAUCAACCACAAUUACAACAACGAAAAAAUUGUUCCUAA